AUGUUGCUUGAUACCGUAAUAACGGCUGGCGGAAACUGGAAAGAAUUGAUGUGCUUAAACUUUCACUCAAGUGGUAUUGCUGUAAUUGAGGGACCGAUGAUCAGCUAUUACGGCAGCGGUAGUUUUUUCCUCGAUCAGCAAGCAGUUGAGCAGCUGAUAAUUCAGCUAAAAAACAGUGAUGUUGACGAUUUUCGCGCUUUCCUCAGACUUAUGCCUCCGAUAAGUCAACUUAUACGCUCGAUACCGCAUACCUUAACAUUGCUUGAUGUUAUUGUCACAAAAAGUCUCAAGUUUCACAAAAGUAACAGCAACAAAGCGGCCCUUCACUACCAUGAGUUAUUCAACCAGCUACUGUGGUGGAUUGCUUACAACGAGCAAAAGCGCACUACGCAAAACGAGCAUUCGAAAGUUUCGUCGACACGAGCCAAACUCAUCGAUAUCACCAGUUCGGACUUAUCCUUGGCACAUUUUGAGGUCAUCAUUUAUCAGUAUAUUAAAUCAUAUUUAUUGGGCCUCCUUUUUCCCUGGUACUGUAAUUUCCAGAUCACGUUGAUGUACUUUGCCCUUCCAAAAGUUGUCUAUUAA